GUUGUCAAGCGCCACGCCGUCAAAAGCAAAUCUCAUUUAGUUUCAUCGCUGGCAAAAGAAAAAGAAAAGGCCAAUAAAUUGUUGAUAGAAUCAGUAAUGCGAGUGAAAAUAACUGAAAAACGAUAGCCUCGCGUCAGGAGGCUUUUCCGCGUGUGUGUGCGCGUGUGCCUGUGCGUGUGUCUGCCCGUGUGUGCGUGUGUUUACCUGGUUUUUCCAGCACAAAAAAGAAACGGAAAGUAAACUGGAAAAGUCGACAAAGUCUGCUGCCUGCGUGCCAUUUUUUAUUUAUUCGUUUCGUGUGGAAAACCUAAAGACGACUUGAUGGCCUCCACCAGCAACCUGGUGGACGUGGUGCGCCACUACCAGCGCAGCAUUGAGAAGCACGGCGAGGACGAACAGCGGCUGCUGCACUGCAUCACCAAGCUGUUCAACCUGCCCAUCAAAUUCGAGCACCUGCAGGAAACCGGAAUUGGCAAGACGGUGAAUGCCCUGCGCAAGUUCAACGGGGAGGUGGGCGUGGCGGCCAAGACGCUGGUGUCCAAGUGGAAGGCCAUGGUGGCCGCCGAGGAGGAGCCUCCAAUCGCCGCCACACCAACAGCCAGCUCCCACAACGAAGAGGACUCGGGCAAGUCCAAGUCCAGCGACGAGGAUCCCGACCAGGAGAACAAGGGCAGCAACUCGUCCAGCGGCGAGGAUUUGCACAGCAGCGGGCACAAGUCGAAGCAUCAUGCCAAGAGCUCCAAGCACGACAGGAGUAGCAGCAGCAAAAGUCAUCACUCCAAGAGCAAGUCAGAUUCGGAUAGGAAGCACAAGAGCAGUCGCCACGACAAGUCCAGGGAUAAGGAAAAGGAAGGUCACAAGGAGGUCAAGGAGCACAGGGAGAAGAAGUCGAAUGGCGAGCACAAAUCAAAGGAUUCCAGCAAAUCCAGCAGCAGCAGCAGUCACAAGAGCAGCAGAUCGGAGCUCCACAAGAGCGAGCACAGCAAAAGCAAGCACGAAAAGGACAAGUCUUCGCACGGCGAGCCGAAACCAGCCAAAGACAAGUCGAGCAAACACAAGUCAUCCUCCUCCAAGUCAUCCAAGCGAUCCCACAGUCCCCAACGCGCCGAAGAGGAUGUGCAAAAGGCCAAGAUACCAAAAACCAAAUCGAAAUCCGAGGAGGACUCCGCCGAUGGUUUCGAUUCCAGCAUGGGCGCCAACUUCGACGAUGUUCUUGGCCUGCUCAACAUGCCCAUGAGCAGCAAGAAGGGCAGCGGCAGCAGCAGCAAGAGCAAGUUCCCCUCCAAGCCGCCAUCAGCUCAAUCCUCUGUAUCAACUCCCUCAGCGGCUGGAACAUCCAGGGAAGCCUUCCCCACCAGCAGUCGACCGACCUCCACCAAAAAACCCGAGCUGUUAGCAUCCACAGCCAAGCUGGAACCCUUGGACCCAAACAUUGCUCUGGAACUGCCCACCAUUUCGAACAACUACAAGCCUUUGCCGUUGAAUCAGACCGUGAUGGAUGUGGUCUUCAAUCAGGGCGGCUCACAGAAGGCCCAAGCAUCGCGUUACUUUAAUGAGUCGGAAGCCCUAGCCCAAGGCAUCUCCUCCAAAACUAUGCGCACCAAGAUCUAUUCAGGCGUCAGAACUGGUCAAAUCCUGCAGGUUCCCUCGCUCUUCGAUCUGUGCACGCGUGUGCUUCAAAAGAACAUUGAUGCUCUCGAGUACACGGGUGGCGUACCCUUUGAGGUCCUUCGUCCUGUCUUGGAACGCGCUACACCGCAGCAGCUGCUUAACUUCGAGGAAUACAAUCCGUAUUUAAUGGACGACAGCGAUGUUCUGUGGCAGCUGCAUGUCAGCCGCCAUUGUCGCAGUCAGCGGCGCGAGGAGAUGGAAACGUGGCGCGAGAUGUUCCUGCGCUGCCAAGAGGAGAAGGAUCGCAAACUCAGCAUCCUGGCCGAGAGCAUCAAGGCUUCGCAGAAGAUCAGCGAGGCACCUGUGCGCAAGACUCAACUGGCCUUUGUGGACUCGAUGGUCAAGCCGCCGCGCAGUGUGCAGCGCAAGCAGGAGCAAUAUGGCACCAAGGGCAAGCUCAUUGCCACUCCAGCCGCCCGGGUGGCCGCCUUGUCCAGCGUGACUCCAAAUGCCGCCAAGGUGGGCGAUGCCCGGCUGCGUGUGCUGGCCGCCACCCGCGACACGGCCCAAGUGGGUGCUGGUCCAGGGCGAUCCAAGAAGGCACCAUUAAUGGCCAAGACCUUGCAGUUCAUGCGCCGUGGUCACAAACGAUAAAAGUGUUUACGCGUUAAAGCUACAAAAUUAUACUCAAUUUGUUCAGCGACAACUUAAGCAGCAGCAGCAGUAGCAGCUACCUUGAUCUAUAAGGCGUUCACAGUAGGAUUAGCUCCAAACUAAAUUGGCAGACUUUCGGUUCUGUAAAACGAGUCACUGUGAUACUUGACCUUUUGUUACCCAGUGCGCCGCGGAAGUCGACUGCUGCUGUCUACAUGCGUUCCACACGCAUGCUAUUUAUUAUUUAUUCAUGUUCUGCCCCCACAUUCAUUAUACCGUACUAGUAACUAAGUGUAAGCCAACCGGAUAACGAUUGAAAUCGAAUAAGAUAAGAUAUACGUUGCCUCCCGCUGGGUCGCCAACAAGCUCAGAUAAAUGAGUUAUAAAAUAUGAUUAUUUUCAGGUUGAUUACUGUUCGAUUGAUCUAGUGCAUGUAACUUAAGAUCAGAAGACUGCUGAUCACUCCAACUAUACUUUUAAGCUAAGUUCAAUGUUCUUUGUCCCAGAGGGCUGUGCGAAUGUCCAAAAUCAUAGAGGUUCCAAGCAAAUCAAUUGUAUAUAAAUGUAAACCCAAUCCUAUAUCGAAAUACCUAAAUUAUUGGAGUACAGUUAAAUGUCUUUAAGUGCAUCGCUAAUUACUUCCAUUCAAAAGUUUCUAUAUUUAUUUUUAGUUGAAUUUAGUUACGCAAAUCUUUGGAUUUUUGGGUGAAAUGUUCUUAUUUUAUUAAGAAAAAAUUACAUUUACUGCACCAUCAUUUUCGUUAUUAUACUAGUCUUUUAAGUAAAAACAAAUAUUGAAAUGCGAUUAUUCUGAAUGCUAAUACUCGUCUUAUUUUUAAUAUUUACACAUUUUUUAUCUUUUAUAAAAUAAGUCAUUAAAUCUACGUAUGUCAUAUCCGCAUUUUCAAAAGCUUCUUUAGCUGUUACCAGUAAGCGAUGCAGGUAAAGGCAUUACACUGUAUUCAAAAUCGUUUUAUUCCACUAGUAAGCUAACGGAAACAAAACCACGAAGCUAUCAAAGAUCACUCUUGUUUGAAGACAUCACGGAUUGUUAGAGAGGGAAAAUUAAGUAUAUAUAGAGAAUGGUAAAGACAGGCAAACGAGUUGUUUCACACGAUAGUAACAGUAAUAUUAUACAGACUUAUUACAAAUAAAUUAUUUUCAAACAUAAA